AUGAACUCGCUCGGACACCUCGACAACUCGGACGCUGGUGCCCAUCACGACGUGGUGAUGCUCGGGGCCGGACAACAGCUUCGUUUCGGCGGGGCCAACAACAACAGUGCCCAGGACGGUCACAGCAACAAUAAUAACAACAGCAACAACAACAACGACGACAACGAGAACAACAACGAUGACUCGGAGGACUCUGAGGACGACCAGUCGCGGCCGGGCUGGACGCAGAAGCCCUACAACUGGUUCUACGAGAAGGCCGAGCUGCGGCGGACGCCCUCCAUUCAGGACGGCAUCAGCUACGACCGGGAGCGGCGGUACCGCGCCGAGGGCGCCCGCUUCAUCCUCGACGCGGGCAAUAAGAUGAGCCUGCACUACACCACCUACGCCACCGGGGUGGUCUACUUUCACCGCUUCUACAUGUUCCACUCCUUCCGGGUCUUUCCGCGCUACGUCACCGCCGCCUGCUGUCUCUUCCUGGCGGGAAAGGCGGAGGAGACGCCGAAGAAGUGCAAGGACAUCAUCAAGUGGGCGAAGACGCUGCUCACCGAGAGCCAGUUUGCCACCUUCGGCGAGGAUCCGAAGGAGGAGGUGCUGACGAUGGAACGGAUCAUCCUCCAGACGAUUCGCUUCGACCUGCAGGUGGAGCACCCCUACAAGUUUCUGAUGAGCUACGCGACGCGCUUCAAGGGCAACAAGGAGAAGAUCAACCACAUUCUGCAGAUGGCCUGGACCUUCACCAAUGACAGUCUGAGCACCACCAUCUGCCUGCAGUGGGAGCCGGAGAUUAUCGCCAUCUCGAUGAUCUUCCUCUCCAGCAAGAUCAAGUACGAGAUCACCGACUGGGAGGGGCGGCUGCCCUCGCAGAAGCACUGGUGGGACAUCUACGUGGAGGACCUCACCGUGGAGAUGCUGGAGGACGUCUGCCACCAGGUGCUGGACAUCUACUCGAAGCCGCGCAAUGAGGCGCCGAAGGACUCGCCGCCGAUGAGUCCGCUCUCCAAGCGGCCCGCUCCGGGACCAGCAAUUUCUAUUUGGUAUCGCUUCCUCGAUCGCUCCUUUGGCGUCAAGAAGUUUCUCCUCAAGCCCUGGCAGAAGGUCAUUGCUGAUCAGACCAUCUUCAGUCCGCAGAUCAAUCUGCUGGCUAUUCCAGUGCUCGGGCUGCUCAACAGCAACAGUCUGGAGCAGAUGAAGGACAAUGUGCGGAACAACUACGUGGACAUUAUGAUUGCCAACUACAAAAUAUGGCCAGCCGUGCAGAUGGUCAACUUCUAUUUGGUGCCGCUGAAUUACCGCGUCGUAUUUGCGUCCUUCUUCUCGCUCAUCUGGAACACGUACUACACCUGGAAAAUGGGCGAAAAGACGACAGCUGCGGCAGCGAUGACAAAAGAAAAUUAA